CGGAGGCGCUGCUGCGACGCUGCGGCCGACGCCGGAUCCGCACCCACCGUCCCCCCACUUCUCCCAGCUUUUUACCCCCGCUUCCCACUCCUUCCCCCGCCUGUCCAGCACCGCCCGCCCGGGAGAGCUGCCGGGAGUUCCCCGGGAGCCUCAGGCGGCGACUAUUCUGCUGAGAAGUGAAAAGCAUUUCACAAGGGAAAAAUAUGCCUCCCAAGUUUAAGCGCCACCUCAAUGAUGAUGAUGUCACAGGUUCUGUGAAAAGUGAAAGGAGAAAUCUUUUGGAAGAUGAUUCAGAUGAAGAAGAGGACUUUUUUCUAAGGGGACCAUCUGGACCGAGAUUUGGACCUAGAAAUGAUAAAAUUAAACAUGUUCAGAAUCAGGUGGAUGAAGUUAUUGAUGUCAUGCAAGAAAAUAUUACAAAGGUAAUUGAGAGAGGGGAGAGACUAGAUGAACUACAGGACAGAUCAGAAAGCUUAUCGGAUAAUGCAACAGCUUUUAGCAACAGAUCCAAACAACUUCGAAGGCAAAUAUGGUGGCGUGGAUGCAAAAUAAAAGCCAUCAUGGCUUUGGUUGCUGCCAACCUUUUGCUAGUGAUUAUCAUUCUUAUAGUCGUGAAAUACCAUACUUGAUUUGAUGACAGAAAUCUUCCUUAAACAAGAUCUGGGACAGUAAUAAAAGAUUGCUGCAUAAUUUAAAUGAAACCUAUGUAUAUAACCUAUGUAUAUAACUUUCAAAACUUCUUUUUCAAGAAAAUAAGAGGCAAGUAUCACUUCAAAUUGGAACGUUGAGAAUGUCCAAUUAUCUUCUCCCCUUCUAACAAAAUGUUUUUUUAAUAAUUAUGUUUAAGGCAAAGAGAACUAGCCUCUAUUUUUCCACAUUUCAAAGAUCUGAUUUGAAACUAGAUACUUGCCAGUUCAUUAUUUGUGUAUAUAAACACUGAUGCUAAUGUUUCAUACUAGUAUUUUAAUGGUAUAAGGACUUGCAUUAUUGCAUUAGGGAGCGGGUCAUGUUGGAGGC